CAAGAGAACGGCUCCUGCGUGGGGCCUGUGCCAGCGUUUCAGCCGGUUUUCUUCACAGGAGCUUUUCCCCUUAAUAUGCAAGAACUGGUGCUUAAAGUUAGGAUACAAAACCCAAAUCUUAGAGAAAAUGACUUCAUUGAAAUUGAACUGGACAGACAAGAACUGACCUACAAGGAACUGCUCCGAGUGAGCUGCCAUGAGCUGGGUGUUAACCCUGAGCACGUACAGAAGAUCAGAAAAUUACCAAAUACAAUGUUAAGAAAGGACAAAGAUGUUGCAAGGCUACAGGAUUUCCAAGAACUGGAGCUUGUUCUAACAGUAAGCGACAAAAACUUACUUUUCAGAGUCCCAACACUUUCUGAACGGAGUGGUUAUAACAAGAAGGCAUCAGAACUUACAUAUUAAUUGUUUAAAGAAUAAACUAAAAGAUUUGUAUCUCAUUUUAAAAGUACAUUUAAAAUACAGUAUCUAUAAGGGCUAAUGAUGUGAAAAAAAUAAUCUAUAUUUUGUUAACCCUGAAAUAAACUAAAGUUGUUAUGC